AUGCCCGACGUGAAACACGAAUCCUCCACACCUGGCAUGUCGCCAGAAUUGUACACCGCCGUUUACUCCGGAAUCCAGGUGUUUGAAAUGAUGGCCAACGACGUGGCCGUAAUGAGACGACGCACAGACUCGUCGCUCAACGCUACCCAAAUCCUCAAGGUGGCCGGCGUGGAGAAGUCCAAACGAACCAAGAUUCUCGAAAAGGAGAUCCUCACCGGCGCCCACGAAAAGGUCCAGGGAGGCUACGGAAAGUACCAGGGAACAUGGAUCCCUUACGAGCGAGGCGUCGAUCUGUGCCGACAGUACUCAGUCUACGACGUGCUGCAGCCGCUGCUAGCUUUUGAUCCCGCCCAAGUCGGAGACUACACACCUACCAAGGAACAGGCCAUGGCAGCCCGCCGAAAACGGAUCGUCGCUACCAAGCAGCAGAGCCGAAUGGACAUGCCUCUGGCGCAACCCCUGCAGCUUCCCCAAACACACACCCCUCUCUCUGUGUCUGCCGAAAGAGCACUUUCCAUGCUCGGCAACAACUCCAUGAGCAACAUGAGUGGCUCACCCAGCAUGUCUAAUAUGGGCACUCCUCAGAUUGGCACUCCAGGCACAGACUCAGCGUCUCCUCCAGCCAAGCGUUUCAAGUCGGAAACUAACGGACACGGACAUGGUGGCCCUCAAAAUCAGGGCCCCCAAGGCCACCAGAGUACUCCAGGACACAUGGUUCAACAACAGCAACAACAACAACAGCAGCAGCAGCAACCCAACCACACUCUGGAAUUCGACGAAAACCUUCCCACAGCAGACCUGUUCUCCCCGACGAACCUCCCUAUGGACCCUCUUCCUCCGGAUGCACACAAUGACGCGUCACGAGAUAUCAUGACUCAGCUGUUUAUGGGCAACGGAGCAACGAGCUUCUCGCCGGCCAUCAACGUUGACGUCCCCAUUGACGAUAUGGGACAUGCUGCUCUUCAUUGGGCUGCUGCCUUGGCCCGAGUGGAUGUUGUACGGGCUCUGGUCAUGCAUGGAGCUGACCGACGACGAGCCAACUACGCUGGCGAGACGGCGCUAGUUCGAGCUAUCCUUGUGACCAACAACUUUGACUCCGGCACCUUCCCCCAGAUGCUGGAUAUCAUUUACCCAGCCAUCCCCCUACUAGAUAAGCAGAACCGAACUCUUCUGCAUCACAUUGCCCUGACUGCUGGUAUCAGAGGCAGAGCAGCAGCUGCAAAGUACUACCUUGAGUGUCUGCUCGAGUGGAUUGUGCGACGGGGGACGUCGCCGAAGCGAAUCCGGUUCUCUUUGGCGAGAUUUAUGCAGGAGAUUGUCAACGCUCAGGACAAGUACGGUGAUACUGCGUUGAACAUUGCUGCUCGAGUCGGAAAUCGUGCGAUCGUGACCCAGCUGAUUGAGGUUGGUGCAGAUCCCAUGAUUCCCAAUCGAGCUGGACUUCGACCUGUUGAUUUCGGCGUCACUAUCAACCUUGCCGAGGUUAAACCCAUGCUCUCGCGGUCAGGAGAACGAGUGGGCUUCUCUGCAAAUGCCGAGACGCGGUCUAAGGAUAUUCUGCAGACGAUCAUCUCGUCGAUCGAGGGUCUGGACACGGAUUUCUCGUCUGAGAUGGCUGGACGAACUCGAGCGGCUGAACAGGCUCAUGCCGAGCUCAGGGGAGCUACCAAUGCACUUUCCGAGGCUCGACAGCGACUUGAGCACCUCAAGAACCUUUCUUCCAAGCGAGACGCAAUGCUGAAGCGAGCAACUAACCUUGAGCGGGCUCUUCACGACGAAGAUGCCAAGUUCCAGGCGCAUUCCGGCGGUGCUAAUAUGUCUUUCGAGGGUAACUUUGACGCUGACCAGCCGUUCCGAACUCGUGCAUUGUUCCAGGCUCCUCGAGACAAGGAGUGGUCUGUGCAGGAGAUGAACUCGAUUGAGGUCCCCUCCCAGCAAGUCCUUCAGGCUCGUGUGCGAGCGUACCGAAAGAACCAGGCUGAGCUGGAGCGAACGUCUGGAGAGCUCAGAGGCAGAUCGACCGAGCUGGAACACAAGUUCCGACGGGUCAUUGCUCUGUCCACUGGUGUUGCCGAGGAUAAGGUGGACGAGCUGCUGGAGGGUCUUGUCCAGGCAGUGGAGAGUGAUUCAGGGGAGGUCGACAUCAACCGGGUGGCUGGUUUCCUGAGAAAGUUGGAGCCUCCUCAGCAGGCAUGA